AUGUCAUCCCGAGUGCUGCUUCUAGAGCAACGCCAGCGCAUCUGGUCCCCACUACCCGAGCUCAUCAGCGAUGAAGGGUUCCGGACUCUUCACCCUGAAUCGUCGCAAUUUUCUUUGACACCCGAGCAAGUCCAGGUCUGGGCGAACUUCGCCAAAGAGGUAAAGGAACUUGUUAACCCCUACUGUGGGGAAUUCAAAAUAUUCGUCCCGGUGACUGUCCCAGAGGUAUUCGGGGUCGCAAACGAACUGGGAGUACAGGGUCGUCUUGUGCACAACGCCCUCCACCAAGUUGGCGAAUUGUCCAACAUACUUAACCUCGGCAUCCGCUUUGGGGACUCCCAAUACGGAGUCAACAGGGCUCUUAUCGAGGGCAGUGGACAGCAGAAGAUUGGUGCGAAGAAAGAGAGCAAGCGGAAACGAGGCGAGGCGCAGAGGCUCGCUGCCGGGGACAAACUGGUGCCGGACCUGGUUGUGGCAGAUGUCAAGACCCAUGCUAUUCGGGGCGUGGGUGAAGUUAAGACCUACUGGAAAUUUGAACCGAAGAAGAACCAGACUUUGGAGGAAUUCAUCGCUGACAAGAUCGCUGGCGCGGUAUAUGGAUGA